AAACGAAGGCCCGUUUUAACAUAUUUAGGGUAUCUAAAAAGCUUUACUAUAAAUUCAGUUUUCUGUAAGCAACGUAUCGUUCGCGGACGACGGCACACAAUCUUCACCCGAGAGAGAGAGAGAUCAGAGUAGCGAAAAUGGUGAACAUUCCAAAGACAAAGAAGACGUACUGCAAGAACAAGGAAUGCAAGAAGCACACAUUGCACAAGGUUACCCAAUACAAAAAGGGUAAAGACAGUCUCGCCGCCCAAGGAAAGCGUCGUUAUGACCGUAAGCAAUCUGGUUAUGGUGGUCAGACCAAGCCUGUCUUCCACAAGAAGGCUAAGACCACGAAGAAGAUUGUCCUCAGGCUUCAGUGCCAAACUUGCAAGCACUUUUCGCAGCACUCAAUCAAGAGGUGUAAGCAUUUUGAGAUCGGUGGAGACAAGAAGGGCAAGGGAACAUCUCUUUUCUAAGCUGUUGUCAUCGUCUUAAUUGUUACAAGUUUUCUAUUUCGUUUGGAUCUGAUUCCAUCUGUUUUAGCCCUCGUAUAAGAUUGUCCCCUCAUCUUUGGUUGUCACUCUAUAUUUUGAAUCAUCUAGACAUGAUUUUGCUGUUUUUCUUUGCACUUGAAAUGGUUACUUUUGAGAUA